GUGGGAGCCCCGUCGUGGGGGCGGCUGCCGCGAGCAUGCGCACGGGCACUGCGGCGGGCGGGUGCGGCGCGGAGUCGGGACGCGGGGCGGCACGUAGCGGGGCUCUCGGCCGCCCCGCGCGCCCAUGUAUGCCUUCUACUCGCUGCUCAUCUACAUCUUCUACAGCCUCUUCCGCAGGGAUGGCGGGGCGGCGGCCGCUGCGGACCCCGGGGACCCCGCCCAGGGGGCCGGAUGCAAGCCCAGGGGUCGUCGUCACCCGGAUCAGCUCUCGUCGGAGCUGUGGACCGAGCUGACCGGCCUGGCCGGCCGCUCCGAGGCCCAGGAUGGUCUGGAGGCGCGAGCUGAGGGCCGGCCGGCCGAGGUUUCCCUGGAGGAAGCCCUCCUGCGCCUUGCCGAGUUCCUGUCCGUCCAGCUGGGGGCAGAGGAGGGCUGCGCGAACCCUCCCAACCAAGACCAGCCUGGUGAGGUCCCUCCGCUAUUGACCUUGACCAGUCAGCUCUUGGCCCUUCUGACAUGGAUUCGGAGCCCCAGGGGAAGGCAGGCUCUGCUUCAGGGAACGCAGCCAGCCUUGCCAGUGCAGCUCCCCACCAUAGAUGGAUCUCUGUCACCAGAAGAAAACCCCUCCUGUCCCACCCCUGUCCUCAAUGAGGCACCCACAGGUGAGGCCCAGGGACGGCAGCCUUCUCAGUUGGAGGAAGAGCAGAGGGCUUGGCAGCGGCUAGAGCAGCUCAUCCUUGGACAGCUGGAAGAGCUGCGGCAGCAGCUAGAGCAGCAGGAGGAAGAGCUGGGCCGCCUGCGCCUGGGAGCGGGGGCAACAGAUUCAGAGAAAAGGGUUCAGCAUCUCACACUGGAGAAUGAGGCCUUAAAGCAGAGCCUGAGCCUCACUCGAGACCUCCUGUUACACUGGGGCCCAAGCCCCUCUACUAGGCCUCCGCAGGAGGAGGCAGAGGCUCUGUUGGAGCUCCAGGGCCGGCUUCAGGAGGCCCAAGACACCACAGAAGCCCUCCGAGUCCAGCUGGGAGUUCAGGAGGUGCAGCUGCAGGGCCUUCGAGGGGCCCUUCAGCAGCUCCAGCAGGAGACAGAGCAGAACUGCAGACGGGAGCUACAACAGGUGCAUGGGCAGCUGGCAGGACUUCGAGCACGGAUGGCCAGCCUUCGUCAGGGCUGUGGGGACCUCCGAGGACUGGUCAGCACCUUUACCCAGAGCUGCCAGGGCUCACUGAGUGAGGCCCAGGGUCAGGUGUCCUGGGCCUUGGGGGCACUGUCAUCUGAAAAAGCUGUGGCUCAGCAUCCUGAGGGGCAUCAGAGGCCCCCAACGGGAGGCCCAGGGCGUCUGUUGGAGCUCAAGGGAAACAUCCGAGUCCUGUGUCGGCUGAGGCCCGGAACACCCUCUAGCCUGGUGAGCCUGGAACCUGGACCUGGUGGCACCAUCACCACCUGCUAUAGAGGGCGCCAGCGUCGCUUCUGCUUGGACUGGGUUUUUCCCCCAGAUGCCAGUCAGGAGGAGGUGUUUAGUCAGCUAGAGCCAGCUGUGCUGUCCUGCCUCAGAGGCUACAGUGUCUGCAUCUUCACCUAUGGUCAGACUGGGUCUGGGAAGACCUACAGCAUGGAGGGCCCACCUGAGGACCCUGGCAUAGCCCCUCGGGCUCUGCAGUCACUGUUCCAGGAAAUGGAGACUGGAGGCCAACACCGAGUGACCCUCAGCAUGGUGGAGAUCUACAAUGAGGCAGUCAGGGAUCUCCUGGCCCCAGGACCACCAGCGCACCUGGUGGUGAGGCAGGGGCCAGCAGGCCAGGGCGGGGUCCAGGUGGCUGGUCUCACACACUGGGAUGUGCCGGACCUAGAGACCCUUCACCAGAUGCUGAGUCUGGGGAGGAGCAACCGGGCCACAGCUGCAACUGCUAUGAACCAGCAUAGUUCCCGCUCCCACGCCCUGGUCACGCUCCGGUUGUGCUCCGCCGCUGCUCCUUGUGCUCAGGGCACUGCAGGCACGCUGCACCUGGUAGACCUGGCAGGAUCUGAGCGCGCAUGGAAGCUGGCCGCAGCAAGCGUGCCAAGGGGAGACCUGCAUGGCUCCCGGCGUCUUCGAGAAGCCCAGACUAUCAACCGCUCGCUGCUGGCACUUGGGGGUGUGAUGGCUGCCCUGCGCGCUCGGCGGCCACACGUGCCCUUCCGAGACUCCAAGCUCACACGCCUGCUUCAGCCGGCGCUGGGCCCAGGCACCACGGCAGUCCUGCUCCUGCAGAUCUCCACUCGGCCAGAAGACCUCGGGGAGACAGUCUGCUCACUCAAAUUUGCUGAGCGAGUGGGUCAGGUGGAACUGGGUCCAGCCCGGCGCCACAGAGCCCCGGGCUCUGGGACUCCUUCCUCCCUUAGUACCGACACCCCACUCACUGGAACUCCCUGCACUCCUACGCCGUCACCCGGCAGCCCUCCAAGCCACAGCCCGGGCAGUGGCUCUGGCUUGGAUCUCUCCGCCCCGGGGAUCCCACCCCUGUAGUCCUGGGUAGAAGCCCUGCCUGGGGUGGGCGGGGCUGAGGUAGCGCCUCUGCCGGCAGAGGUGGUAGAAAAGUUCCUACACCCCAUCUCCCAGUAACCUCUUUGCCCCCUGGGGCUCGACUGCUCCCUCUAAUGUCGAAUUGUCCCCCACUUCUUAGCCAGCAGAGUCAUGUCUGGAGAAAUAACUGCCCCCUCCCCCCAGCUGACCAGAGCCCGCGGCUCUCCUUAUCACCAUUUGCCUGUUAUCACAGUCCCCAGCAGGAGAUCCCAGAGCUGCAGGAACCAGGACUCAGACUCUGGCCAAGUGGCUUCCCAAGUCAGGAUCCCUGCCCCCCAAUCAGACUUGAAAUUAAAAUGCUGUAAAUUCC